ACCAACCCCCCGAGGCAGAGGCCCCCAGAAGCCCUACGGGAAGCCGCACCGGAAGUCCCACCGGAGGUGACCAGCCAGCCCCUGCCUCCCUGGAGAGUGGGCCCAGCCUCCCAGGAACCCAGAAAGCUGAGGAGGAAAGGUCUGACGCAGCUCCAGAGGCGGGCACCGAGGGCCAGGAGACCGCGGAGAUCACCGACUUCCAGAGGGCCUCCCCGAAUUCCUGAAGACGCUGCUGGGAGGGGACUGAAGCUUCCCCGCCUUGAUGGGGUGGGGGCGGCAGGAGGGGGUUAGUCUGGAUUCCCAGGCUGCGCUCUCUCCUCCCCGGAGACCGCUCUGAAUCCCGUGACUUUAGGGAGAGGGAGAAAUAGAGGGUGGUGGGGAGGAGUUGGGGAAGGGGCGUGAUUGGGUUGUGGGGCCCAGCUGGGGCUUCGGGGAUGUUUAGGCCUCAGGACACUAAGUACGGAGGAGGUCCCGCCGGGAGCGUGGUUAGGAUGCCGGCGCGGGGCCAGAAUUCUGGCGGAGUUAGAGCGCAGGAUGGCCUUAGAUGUGGGAUGGAGCGGCGAGAGCCGGUUUAGAUGGGCGUUCUUAAUGCGGGUGUGGGGUGCAGCCCUCGGUCGGGGGCGUGUUCAGUACGGUGCUAGAACUAGUGGAGUGAGGCGGAGGAUGGGGUGGAGCCUGGACUAGAGAGCGUGAGUCCAGGGAGAGAAGAGGGCGGCUUCGAAUGCAAUAGAUUUCGAGUCUGAUUCGGAGAAAGGCAAGUUAGAAGCGGAGCGGGCCUGCGGCUAAGGACGGGGGCGCUUUGUGAGGCUUGAACCUCGCAAGGCCGUGGAGCUCGGAGGCGGGGCUGGAUGCUUGGGAGAAGUCUGAAUCCCGAAAGGGGAUGGUGUUAAGGCUGGGGGAGGAGGCCAGAAAGGGGAGGGCGGGGCUAGGCUCUGGGCGGGCUCUCAGGUAAGAGGUGUGUGCAUCACACCGAAGCCUGGCGGUAGUCGGAAGCGCAGGGAGCUAGCUUUGCAGGCCUAGGGCGGGGUCAGAGCUAAGUGAGGGGUGGGGUCGGGACGCUAGUUAAGCCUUAGCUUGAUGGUGGUUGGCUGGAGACUGGGGAGGGGGCGGACCCAGAGCCCGGAGGAGACCCGCCCGUUCGGGGGCGUGACCAUGCUGGGGGGGCGGGGUUGGACGAGGGAGAUUUAGAACGCGGAGGCGGUCCUCCGAGGGGGUGGGUGGCGGGGGCGGGCCUGGGCGCGGGGGCGGGGCCUGCGCGGGCCGCUGCGCGGGGCCCAGUGGGCUGCGGGGAUGCGGGGCACGAGCUGCGUGGGCGGCGGCGGCGAGAGCCCGGGUGGCGCCGGGCUGAGCGAAGGCCCGCGGGGCCGCUGGCUGCGCCUCGCUCCGGUCUGCGCCUACUUCCUCUGCGUCUCGUUGGCCGCCGUGCUGCUCGCCGUCUACUACGGGCUCAUCUGGGUUCCCACGCGGCCCCCAGCGGGCCCCGCCGGCCCGCCGCCCAGCGCGCCGUCCCCUCCGUGCGCCGCCCGUCCGGGCGCGCCGCCUGCCCUGGCGCCCGCCGCUGCCUCGGUCUCCUGCCUCCUGGGAGCCCCCGGCGGGCCGCGACCCCAGCUCGAGCUGCCGCGCAGCCGCCGCCGCCGCCGCCACAGCGACCCCAGCCGCCGCCCGAACCGUCAGACACCCAGAGAGACGCCGGAGGCCGCGGGGGGUCGAGGACCCGGGUAACCCUCCCUUCCAACCCAAGCUGGAUCGCCGCAUCUCGAGAGCCCGCGCCCCCACGGCGGAUGCUCCGUUACCCGGUUGGGCCCGGGCUCCCUCUUCAUGACAUCGCCUAGCGUCUCCGGAGUCGUCAUCCAGAAGAAUGGGGGUGGGGGCGCCAAGGGGAGCUGGCCCGGGGCCUCGCUCCUCUGCCGUCAGGCCGGGGUCCUCCACCAUCUGGCAGACCCCAUCCUGACCUCUGCCUCCUGACACCCUCCUAGGAUUUUGAGCAUAGAGCCCACAGCCCACCGCCCUCCUCUCUCAAUCUCCGUGUCCAUGUCCCUGUGCAAUAAAUUCCAGCCCCAACUGCCCGGUGCUGUGUUGUAUUGUUUGCGA